UCACUCUGCUUAACAAGAUUGGGGUUGCUUCCAGGGAAUAAGUCUCUGAAUUGGAAUGAUAGACUCUUUCUUACUGUUUAUCCUGAAGAUCAAAGAAAGCUCCAACUUUGGCCUCAAAAGUUUAGAGAAGUUCUGGAUGAGUUCUCAUUGAAUUUGACAGUAAUCUUAUUAGUUAUGCUGAAAGCCAUGGCGCGUUGUCUGGAUUUAAAGGAUGAUAGCGUCAUAAAGGAGCAUGGUGAACGAGGAUCCAUAGACACAAGAUUCGGAAUCUACCCACGUUGUGCACGGCCUGAUCAAGUUUAUGGAGUUCAUCUAAAUUCAGAUAGAUCAACUAUUACAAUACUUUUACCAGAUAAAAAUGUGGCAGAGGGCUUACAUAUUCAGAAAGAUGAUCAAUGGUUCAAGGUUCCUGUUAUCCCUGGAGCUCUCUUCAUUAAUGCUGGUGAUUAUGCAGAGGUCAUGGGCAAUGGUGUAUUCAAGAGUGUAAUACACGAGGUGGUGACAAAUGCAGAAAGGGAGAGAUUCUCAGCAGCUGCAUUCUGUAAUGCUGAACCUGAAAAAGAAGUGGGGCCUAUUAAAGAACUGAUUAGUACUAACCAACCCCAAUUUUAUAAGAAAGUGAACAUGAAAACUUACAAACAACUAUUCUCUGAGACCUAUCCUCAGGGAAAGAGGGUGCUUGAUGCUCUUAAGAUUUAGUUCUCGCAUUUCCUUUUAUUUUCAUUGUCAUAAUGAACUUUUUGUUGUUUAAAAAUCAAUCUUUAGUAUACAAUUUGUUUUGAUUUCGUAGAAGUUUUGACAUAAUAGUUGCACAAUGCAUCAGUGUGAAUAUGACAGGAGAAUGAGGUUGUGUGCACAA